AAAAAGCCAAAGUCUUCAGAAAAUAAAGAAUCUGCCAAAGAAGAGAAAAUCAAUGACACUCCAGUUCCUGAAAGAGCUCCAAAACACAAAAUACCUUCGCUACCUCCCCCGCCCCCAGGAAGACACUCAGUCUUAUCCAGAAGUGGCAUCAGUCUUGAAGACCGUGGGCUUCAUCAGGGACAGCUAUUACUCAUUCUGAUCCUGAGACCUGUGAAUUAAAAAGACAAGUUAUCUGCUCUGUGUCAGGGGUGCCCAAGACCACCUCUGUGUUUGGAGAUUAGCUAGAAGGACUCCCAGGUCUCAGAAUAUAGUUAUAUUCACAGCUAUGAUUUAUUACAGUGAACAAUUUAAGAAAAAGUCAGCAAAGGGAAAAGGCCUAUGGGUUGAAGUUCACAGGAAACUAGGCACAACCUUCCAAGAUUCCUCUCCCAGUGAACUCACACAGUAUGUGCUCUAUUCCUUCAGCAUCAAAUUGUGACAUUUGUAGUUUUGUCUACCAAGGAAGCUCAUAGCAACUCUGCCUAGGGUUUUUAUUGGUGGCUGGUCAUGCACCCUCUGCCUACCACAUACCAAAAUUCUAGACUCCCAGAAGGAAAGUGGUCAACAUGAACCACAUUGUUUGUACAAGCAAGUUAGGUUCAGUAAACCACACUUAUCAGUUAGAGAAUGGUGGGAACCCUCCUGAAAUCCCAGUUCCCAGAUGCCAGUGAAGAGCCUACCUUGCAAGCAGGCCUUUCUUAGCAAAGCAGUUGCAGGCCUGCUUUGCUCAUUCUUUUCUGCACAUGCCUCCUCUCCCAUUAUAUGUUGUUGGACAGGGGCAGGAUAACCAAAAUAAAUGCUUCCAUUCAGAGAGAGCAAGAGUGAGAGAGACACAUCAGCCACUGGUCCAUAGCAUUUCUGAAAUCCUACUAGGUAAAUUUGAGGUCUCCUUACUCUGGGGUAGAGAAUGUUUUUUGAUUAGGCCCCAGUUGUUUUCCUUAGGAGUAGCUUCCCAGUUCCUUGUUCUUCGUGGUCCUUGGUUCCACCCUCUGGAGGUCCUUCCUUUUCCAUUAUCCUCCUGAACCAUGUCUGAAGAUGGCUUUGGAGAAUAUGCCAUCCUUAGGAGCUGAAUAGCUUUCUCAUAUUGCUUCCUGCCCAUAAAGAGAUGUAUUAUUUCAGCGCUUUGCAAAGAUUUUCAUUGGCUGUCUUGCAGCAGUUACUAGUGGUAUGAUGUAUGCUCUCUAUUUAUCAGCAUACCAUGAACGGAAAUUCUGGUUUUCCAACAGGCAGGAGCUGGAACGGGAAAUCACAUUUCAGGGUGACAGUGCCAUUUAUUACUCUUAUUAUAAAGAUAUGUUAAAGGCCCCUUCAUUUGAAAGAGGUGUUUAUGAACUGACACACAAUAACAAAACUAUAUCUCUGAAGACUAUAAAUGCAGUGCAGCAAAUGUCUCUAUAUCCAGAACUUAUUGCCAGCGUUUUGUAUCAAGCAACUGGUAGCAAUGAGAUUAUUGAGCCAGUGUAUUUCUAUAUUGGCAUUGUUUUUGGAUUGCAAGGGAUAUAUGUUACUGCUUUAUUUGUUACAAGUUGGCUUAUGAGUGGAACAUGGCUAGCAGGAAUGCUAACGGUUGCAUGGUUCAUUAUUAACAGGGUAGAUACAACAAGAAUUGAAUACUCCAUUCCUUUAAGAGAAAACUGGGCACUACCAUAUUUUGCAUGCCAAGUUGCUGCACUUACAGGCUAUUUAAAAAGCAACUUAAAUACUUAUGGAGAGAGGUUUUGCUACUUGAUGAUGAGUGCUUCAACUUACACCUUUAUGAUGAUGUGGGAGUACAGCCACUAUCUCUUGUUUCUUCAAGCAAUAUCUCUGUUCUUACUAGAUAGUUGUUUACUGGAGCAAAGUGACAAGGUUCAUGAAGUUUAUAGAAUCUAUAUAUUUUCUCUCUUUCUGGGAUAUUUACUGCAGUUUGAGAAUUCAGCGUUGUUGGUGUCUCCUUUAUUAAGUUUAGUGGUAGCCUUAAUGCUUGCUAAGUGCCUUCAGCUGAAUGUGAAGAAAGGAACUUUUGUAGCUAAAAUAAUGAAAGUGAUUAAUUUUUACUUGGUGUGUACUCUGACAGUGACAUUGAAUAUUAUAAUGAAGAUGUUUGUCCCACACAAAGAAAAUGGGCAUAUGCUGAAAUUCCUUGAAGUAAAAUUUGGACUAAAUAUGACUAAGAACUUCACGAUGAAUUGGCUCCUGUGUCAAGAAUCCCUGCAGACACCAUCUCAAGAUUUUUUUUUGCGAUUGACACAGUCAUCUUUAUUACCUUUCUAUAUUUUAGUGUUAAUUAUUUGUUUUCUUUCUAUGAUGCAAGUUAUUUUUAGGAGAAUGAAUGGUAAGUCCCUGAAAGAAACUGUUACUCUUGAAGAUGGACGAAUUGGAGAAAGGCCAGAAAUAAUUUAUCACGUGAUUCACACUAUUUUAUUGGGCUCUCUUGCAAUGGUUAUAGAAGGCUUGAAAUACCUCUGGACGCCUUACGUGUGCAUGCUGGCGGCAUUUGGUGUGUGUUCUCCUGAACUUUGGAUGACGCUUUUCAAGUGGCUUCGCUUGCGAACUGUACACCCAGUAUUGUUGGCUCUUAUUCUGAGCAUGGCUGUGCCCACUAUAAUAGGUCUCAGCUUAUGGAAAGAGUUUUUUCCAAGAUUAAUGACAGAAUUAACGGAACUUCAAGAAUUUUAUGACCCAGAUACAGUGGAACUUAUGACCUGGAUAAAAAGGCAAGCUCCCGUUGCAGCUGUGUUUGCAGGGAGUCCACAGUUAAUGGGUGCGAUUAAAUUAUGCACUGGAUGGAUGGUGACAAGCUUGCCUCUUUAUAAUGAUGAUGAUCUUCUCAAGAGAAAUGAAAAUAUCUAUCAAAUCUAUUCAAAGCGAUCUGCUGAGGAUAUUUAUAAAAUACUGACAUCCUACAAGGCUAAUUACCUAAUUGUAGAGGAUGCUAUCUGCAAUGAGGUGGGAACCAUGAGAGGCUGUAGGGUUAAAGACUUAUUAGACAUUGCAAAUGGCCAUGUGGUUUGUGAAGAAGGUGACAAGUUAACCUACUCAAAAUAUGGGCGAUUUUGUCAUGAGGUCAAAAUUAACUAUUCUCCAUAUGUGAAUUAUUUCACUAGAGUAUACUGGAACAGAUCUUACUUUGUUUAUAAAAUCAACACUGUGAUAUCCUUUCAGUCUUGAAAAAUAGCAAAGCCUUCAUUUCAAAGACUUAUACCACCUGAAGUAAAAUGCGGUUUUCUUCAACCCACGUGGCAUUUUUUGGAAAUUAGAGUAUGGACAUUUGAAAUGUUGCUGCUGCUUUUCCCCUCCUGCUGGUAACUGGAUCCAGGGUUCUGUGAGGAGCGGAAGAUCAGGGAUUACUGUCCUUUGGUAAAAUGUCAAGUCUGCCACUCGGCAAUAUUCCAGCCGGCUGUUUCCCUUACUGUGACGUGGUCUGUAAAGACUUUACCUUCUAAACUGUUGUAAAAUUUUCCUCAUGAAUCUUCAUUCUAUCAUAACACUGAUCUUGAAUUUGAAUAUGGUCAAGGGUAUAUCUCUUAAACAUAACAUUUAAUAAAUUCUUUAAGUGAUAUAGAAUAGAAGGAAAGAAUUAUUCUUACACUCAAGGCAGUUUCUGAAGAUACUUCAUGGUUUAGAACAGAAAUGAAAUAUGAUAAUAAAAAACUAAUUUAAAUGUUAGCUGAAAAUAUGUGGCAUUUAAAUUAAAAUGGAAAUUAUAUAAAGGAAAGUGAUUUUUAAGGAUAUAAAGAUAUAUCCAGAUUUUCCAUGAUAUUGCUCUCAUCUGUUGCUUAUAUAAGUGAGCACUUUCUUCGUACUAUAUAGUGCAUGAUAUUGCAUUUUAUUAUCUUAUGACUAAGUGAUUAGCUUUUUUCCCUUAUGCCCAUAAAUUUGAUACCAAUUUAAUCAUGAUAAAACAGUAACUCUUGUUAUCUAUAUAUUUUUUAAAACAGACAUUUAAAAGAAUGUUGUUCAGGUUUUUAAAAAAUAUGGAUAUAGGGUGUAUAAUCUAUUCACAUGUUUUCUACUCAAAUAUUAAGUAAAAAAUUAAAUCUUUAUCAGAAUAAGAAUAUGUACACUAAAAUGAGCAACAAUUUCUGGAGAUAUGUGCGGAUGCUGUUAAGCAUACCUCUGCAUACAGAUAUAUUUAUUACAAAACGCAAGUGCUAUUGUUUAUGAAACUGUGAUAUAGUCAUCAAAAUUAAGACAAAAUGACAAUUAUAAUAAAUUUCAUGGCACAGUUUCACAAUCUAAAUGCUAUGUUCCUUUAAGUUAAAUGUUUUCAUAUUUUUAAUCAUUUAUUAAAAGAUGUUUUAGAAUGAUUCAUUUGGCCUUAGAGAUUCAGGGUAGAUGUCUCAUUUUAAUGAGAUGGCUGUAUGUUUAGUUUUAUUCUAUACACCUGUUUAGUGAACAGGUUUUCAAAAUUUUCACUUGAGUGCUGUAAAAAUUACAAUUUCAUUACUCUAAAUUACUUCAUUAAAGGGAGCAACUUUCCGUUAUCUUUAUUUUCUGUAAUAUAUAUAUAUAUUUUUUAAAGUAUAAAAGCACAUGCGUUCUUAGACUAGUUCUAGGAUGCUUUGCCCAUUUGGAGCUUAAGAAUUGUUGGAUGACAGUGUCAUAUAUCUGGUGCAUUAGUUUUAUUGGUUCUCAUUUCAUGCUUUUAUAUAAUUUUUAACAAUUAUAUUAAGAUUGCUGCAGGCAGGGUAUUUCAGGUUCUCUGUACAUCUUAAUAGUGAGUCACUAGUAUUUACCUUCAAGCCUUAUGAAAAUAUUACCAUAGUUACCUAAGUACACAGUGAAUAGUCACAUGGUAGUACUUGUGAUCAGAGCAUGGAAAACAAUGUAAUUUAGAAGUCAGCUUGUAUAUUUUGAAAGGAAAAUAGAAAAACCUUCUUUCCAUGUAGCAUGAAAUAUUUAAUUGAAUUUUUAUUGAUUUAUAUUAUGAUUCAAUAUGCUGAAUUAGUUUUGAUUGUGUGUUUUUUGUGGGUUUUUUUGUUUUUUGACAUUAGUAGUUGCUUUUGCUUCUGUCAACUUAUUUCUUAAAUAAAAUAGAUUUGGAGAAGCUUUUAAUUGAUUUUUUUAAAUAAUGAAAUUUUCAUUCAGCAUCAGUUGAAAAGGAAGAUGUGAGCUUUAUUAUAGAAAUAAUAAUAUUAGAUAUGAGAGAGAAGCUUAUUUGCUUCUAUUUUAACUGUAGUUAAAACAGUAGUACUAGAAAAUUUUGAGUGAGGAGCAUUUAAUUAAUUCCCUUACUUAUUCAUAAAGUAACAAAUGAUUCAGAAUUCUGCAAGUAAUUCCAUUUGGGUAACUUACAGUUGUCAUGUGUGACAAUAGAUAUCUGCUGUGAAAGGAGCCAAGUUUAUGGUUUUUGGACAGAAGGAUUUCUUGAAGAAAUACAAAAUAUACUUUGCCCUUGAUGUUGCAAAAGCAUUGAAAUAAGUGCCUUAACUUUACUUCGAAGUUUACUUUUUAUUUUCCAAAUAUAUUAUCCAUUUCUUUCUCUUCUGUAAGAAAAUUUUGGUAACUUUUUCCUCAUCAUUAAGCACAGAGAAAGAAUCCUCACUAGGCUCCUUUCUCUGUUAAUUUUAAUUCAUUAGUAAGCAAGUCUUUGUGAAGGGUAGCGAUGGGAUUUCUAGCCUGCUAAAUUAAUUUAUUUAGCUUCCCAAAUGCCAAACAAUCCAACAAAUAAAACUUAAUUGAUAAAGUAUAUGA